CGAGAGCUGCCGGGCUCCCAGCUUAGCUCGGGGGCUGCUCCUGUCCCCGCCUCCCAGAAUCCCUUCGGCCCCGGGACCCCCAGAGGCCAGGGGGAGAGAGCGUCAGGGCGCGUCCUGGGGCGGCACAGCUGGCUUCCAGCUGCGCCCGGGGGCGGGGCGGGGGAGGAGGACCGGACCGGAACAGCGGCGGGGCGGGGUCUGCCGAGAAAGUGAAACCGGACCGGGCCGAGGAGGAGGAGGAAGAGAAGGAACUGAGGGAGGAGGCGGCGGAGCUGGGGAAGUCGGUGGAAGCCCGGCCCGAGCCCGCCAUGGCCUGCCCCAGCCCCUGCCCCAGCCCCGGCCCCAGCCGAGCGGUCACGGCCAAGGCCGCGAGCCCGGCCCCGGACAUCCACGACGUGCCCCUGGUGGCUCUCAACUUCAGGGUGCGGAGCCGCCUGUCCCUGUACCUGAACCCUCCCACCCAGGUGUCAGCCUACUGGCCCGCGCUGGCCGAGGAGCUGGGCUUCCAGUACUUGGAGAUCCUGAACCUGCAGACGCAGCCCGACCCCACGCGCCGCCUCCUGGACACCUGGCAGACGCGCGAGCGGGCCACCGUGGGCCGCCUGCUGGAGCUGCUCCACAAACUGGAGCGGCUCGACGUGCUGGAAGACCUGCGGCCCAGCAUCGAUGAGGACUGCAAGAAAUACCUGAAGAAGAAGCAGCAGGAGGAAGCAGAAAAGCCUCUGCAAGUGCCUGCUGUGGAUAGCAGCAACCCUCAAACGCUGGAGUUGAUGGGCAUCACCAUUCUGGACGAUCCACAGGGACUAGUGCCGGAAUUAUUUGAUGCUUUCAUCUGCUACUGUCCCAGUGACAUCCAGUUUGUCCAUGAGAUGAUCCAGCGCUUAGAGCAAACCGACUGCCGCCUGAAGCUGUGUGUGUCGGACCGGGAUGUCCUGCCUGGCACCUGUGUCUGGUCCAUCACCAGCGAGCUGAUUGAGAAGAGGUGUCGAAGGAUGGUUGUUGUCAUUUCUGAUGAGUAUCUGCAGAGCAAUGAAUGUGACUUCCAGACCAAGUUUGCUCUUAGCCUGUGUCCAGGGGCUCGACAGAAGCGCCUGAUUCCUGUCAAGUACAAGCCCAUGAAGAAGGAAUUCCCCAGCAUCCUGCGCUUCAUCACGCUCUGUGACUACACCAACCCCUGCACCAGGAGCUGGUUUUGGCCACGUCUCGCCAGAGCUCUCUCCCAGCCCUGAGGGAGAAUAAUCUCUCUGGUGAAGAAACCAGAAACACAUGGCCAAGAUCUUGUCAUAUCCUCGACGACCGUCUCCCUUUGGUACACCACAUGACUUCAAGGAUCCCAUUUCUCACUCCAGAGAAGGCUGGUGUGGGAAGAGAUAGAACCAAAAUUCUUGGCACCAAGCUCAAGGAACAGCCACCAGCAGAAAGAACAGAAUCCCUGCAGACUUAAGGAAUAACCCUUCUUACGGAGCCCCAACUAGAAAUUUUUGCACCUGGGGGACCCACUAGGAACCAUACCCAGAGCAAGAAAUAGGAAAGGCCCCGUAGUUGGAGGGAAUCUGGAUAUGGUCACAGGGCAGUGGAGAGACAGACUCCAUGACACAGUAUAUUUUUUUUGUUAGGUUGCUGAGGGGUUGGAGUGGCAGGAUGGGCAAGGGAAGUAUUUCUUCCUGGGUAUAUUCCUAUGUAAGAAAUUCUUCCUGAAUAGGUCCUAAGUUCUGUUGUUUAUAGCCUCAAAAGAACUGUUGAUCAGGCAACCCUUAAAUUCAGCAUUCUGGAACAAAGCCCUGAGAAACCUACCUUAGUUAUACUCUCUCAGCUUGACUGUAACCACCCCCUAAUCUGUGGGCAGCCAAAGCCAAAACAAAGCAGGCUAGAGACAGGAGAGUCAGGACACAAACAGAAAUUUAACUAAUUUCAGAGUGAGAAAAAGGGCAUCUGCAGGCAGAAACCCACCUCCUAAGAAGGGGGGAUUAAUGAUAAAUGUGGAAAUUUGUAUAGAAGAAUUGUACGUUUAACACAUAUUUAACGUUUUACAUAUUAACAUAUAUACCUCCUUUAGGGGAAGAGGUAGGAGGAAAGGAGGGAAAAAAAAUUUGGAACACAAGGUUUUGCAAGGGUGAAUGUUGAAAACUAUCUUUGCGUGUAUUUUGAAAAUAAAAAUUAUUUUUAAAAAAAGGAGGAGGAAGAGGAGGGCUUAAAACUGCUGAUGCUAGAGCCACUUGUAUACACUUAUAUACAUGAAAGAGAUUGGCCCACAUCCCAGUCAUUCUCAGAUCUUGAGAUAGUUAGUUCUCAUGCUUAGCAUUUCUUGGGACAAACCAAGUGGUUCUUGGGUCCAACGGGAACAGUCAUUGUCUCAAGUUUUUGGAGUCGUGGCCAUGAUGUGGGCACAGAACCAGAAUUCUGUGAUGGGAAUAAGAGUGUAGUAUCAGUCAGUGACAAAGAAGAGGGACUGUGACCAUGUGAUGAAUGAUGGCCCUGUGAAAUGAGGGGAACUAAAUGAAUAUUGGUCUAAGCAAAGGGUGAUAUCAUCCUGAAUAUAAAGGAUUGCUGUUAUGUCAGAUUUAGGACACAGUUUGCUUGCUUUCCCAGUCUUAGCUCUGCGAAGUAGAAUAUCUCCAAAGUAUUUUGACAUUUCCCUUUUGGGUCAAAAGGCAGGGGGUCUGACAAACCCCUCCCCUUAUGGCUAAUAAAGGAGAGACAGGUACACGCCAUGGGAUAUUAUUGCCCAGGGGGUGAAUUACUUGAGGAGACAUACCGGAGAAGUAUGUCCCAGAUGUCAUUGCUAACCAUCGUUUGAAAAGAGGGGGACCAAGAACGUCAGAGUGAAAAAAAUGCCAAAACACACUUAAAUCAAGGUCUUCGUGUUUGGGUACAUACCAAAAAGGGACAAAGAGAGGGAAAAAAAUUAGAACAGUAGACUCAGCCAUUAUUUGUCCAAAAUCUUGGGAUAGCUGUCUCAUCUGGAUGUCAGCUGCUUCUGGAUCCAUCUACUCAGGAGUAGGGACUUACUAAAAUAAGAUAAUCCAGAUGCAAUAGUUUUUCCUCAUAAUUCCCCAAAUUGCAUAAUUACAUUAUCAAGUACAUAUCGAAUUAUUUAGAGGGCUCACAAAUGAACUAAUUUUGAGAAGGGAGAUUUACAUGUCACCAAAGUAACCAAGAAAAUGUAAAUGUUAACAUCAAGUCCCACCUAACAGAGCAAACCAAACUAUCUCUUGGUCUCUGGGGGUGAGUCAAAACAGAGAAGGCAGAAGCAAUUGCUUAGGGGAACAGAAAGGAGAGAUGGGCUAGUCCCAGAUGUUUCAUAUAGUUAUCUGGUUCAUAGAUAUCUUUUCUUGGACAAUAAGCUUUAUUCUCAGGAUGACUCUAAAGGAAGCUCUGCUUCUCUGGUUCCCAAUCCACAGGAUAUGAACAAAUCGAAUGCAAUCACUUAAAUUUGGUUCUCCAAUUAUGAAACUUGAGAGAAUUUUAGUUUAGACAUCAUUUGCUGUUUCUAGCUUUACCUAAAUCCUGUACUUGAGAUAAUGUUUGAUAAAAUUCAUUUGUAAAUUUAUCUGAUUCUAGUGCUUUUUUUUUCCUUUUUUUUUUUUUUUAGGAAGCUCAUUUAUGGCAUGUUUUUCUGCCUUUUAAAAUUGUCAAACAGAUACUUUAAAGAUGGAAAGAUAUUUUCACUUUCUGUACUAUGGUCAAUACAAUUUAUGUGUAAAAUCAAAUUAGUCCUUCAUUAAUAAAACCUUAAAACUUACUACCAAAAUAUACUGAAUUUCUAUGGUUGGUAAAUUUAGAAGCCAAUCAUACAGAUCUGUAUAUAGUUCUUAGAGAAACAGUCUAAUCUUUUUUUUUUUCAAAAUUUGCUAUUCCAUUUAAUUAAAAAACUUUUAUAUUACA